ACACAAAGCACCAGGUGGUCUGGAAACAACUUGAGAAAGGAGGAGGCCAUUCACUAGCCUGUUUUAGCUACACACACCUAGCUACUGUUAGCUAGCCGGCGGCUAACGAGCAGGCUAAAACAGCAGUUUGUCUUAAUGUCGCCUGUCUUAUCAAGUGAUGGCAAGAGAACAGUGUUCAGAGACCGAAGCUGAACUGUAUUACCUCAUUGCCAGAUUUCUUCAGUCUGGGCCUUGUAAAAAAGCAGCACAGAUUCUGAUCGAGGAGCUGGAGGAGUAUGAGUUGGUCCCUCAGCGAUGGAGUUGGGACGGGCAGAAAUACAAACGGACCUUCCAAGAUUGGGUGAUUUUGAACCAGCACAUUCCUGCGGACUAUCUGCUUCGCGUUUGUCAGCGGAUAGGCCCGCUGAUAGAGAAGGAAAUCCCUCCAAGUGUUCCUGGAGUCCAAACACUUCUGGGGCUGGGAAGACAGUCCUUGCUUCGUACCACCAAAAGUUGUAGCCACAAAGUAUGUAGUGGCUCAGCUGUUGCUGCCCUCCACCGAGGACGUCCACCAGAACCCCCAGUCAACAAUGGAAAUGCUCCCAAUGUUGUGUCCAUCAUGGGUGCUCGCCAGGCCACAGGCACCACUCGUUUUGGCCAGGCCCUGCCGUCUUCCACCUACCAACACAUGAAGAUACACAAACGCAUCCUUGGCCACCUUUCCUCAGUCUACUGUGUAGCAUUUGACCGCACCGGUCGUCGAAUAUUUACGGGUUCAGAUGACUGCCUGGUGAAAAUCUGGGCCACAGAUGACGGCCGGCUCCUGGCAACACUCCGCGGCCACUCAGCAGAAAUCUGUGACAUGGCUGUCAAUCAUGAGAACACGCUCAUAGCCUCUGCCAGCUGUGACAAAGUCAUCAGAGUGUGGUGCCUGCGUACCUGUGCACCCAUCAUUGUUCUGCAGGCCCAUGCUGCCUCCAUCACGUCCAUACAGUUUUGUCCUGCUGUCAAGGGCACAACACGUUACCUGGCCUCCACAGGUGCAGACGGCAUGGUGUGUUUCUGGAAGUGGCACUCACUCAGCAUGAAAUUCAAUGAUCAACCAGUCAAGUUUGUUGAGCGGUCACGUCCAGGAGUACAAGUCUCCACUUCCUCCUUCAGUAGUGGUGGCAUGUUCAUGGCUACCGGUGGCACUGAUCACAUGAUCAGGGUCUAUUACCUUGGUGCUGAAACUCCGAUGAAGGUCUCCGAGAUGGAUGCCCACACUGAUAAAGUUGUCGUCGUCCAGUUUAGCAAUAACAGUGACAGCUUAAGGUUUGUGAGUGGCAGUCGUGAUGGCACGGCCAGGAUCUGGCAUUACCAGCAACAAGAGUGGAAGAACAUCACUUUAGACAUGGCUGCCAGGCUGCCUGGGAGCACUGUUGCCAAUGGGGAUGAUAAAACCAAGCUGGUGGUGACCAUGGUGGCCUGGGACCGUGCAGAUAGCACAGUCAUCACAGCAGUGUCUAACUACCUUCUCAAAGUGUGGAGCACAACCUCUGGACAGCUGCUGCACAUUUUAUCGGGUCAUGAUGAUGAGGUGUUUGUGAUGGAGGCUCACCCAUUUGAUUCCCGCAUCAUGCUGUCUGCUGGCCAUGAUGGCAACAUUUACAUCUGGGACCUGAGCAAAGGAGCCAAGAUCCGCAACUUCUUCAACAUGAUUGAAGGGCAAGGCCACGGUGCUAUUUUUGACUGCAAGUUCUCAACUGAUGGGCAGCAUUUUGCCUGCACUGACUCACACGGCCAUUUGCUCAUUUUUGGCUUCGGCUGCAGCAGACCAUACGAGAAGAUUCCUGACCAGAUGUUCUUUCACACGGACUACCGACCUCUUAUUCGGGACUCUAAUAACUAUGUCCUGGACGAGCAGACACAGCAGGCCCCUCACCUCAUGCCUCCACCUUUCUUGGUGGAUGUUGAUGGGAAUCCUCACCCUUCUCACUACCAGCGCUUGGUGCCAGGAAGAGAGAACUGCAAGGAGGAUCAGCUGAUACCUCAGCUUGGAUACAUGGCGAACAGUGAUGGAGAGUUGGUUGAGCAGGUACUUGGCCAGCAGACGGCAGAAAACGGAGAAAGCCUAUUGGACAAUCUCAUCAGACAGUUACAGAACGAGCAGGAUGAGCGUCAGAACGCAGAACAGCAGGCUGAAGAGGCAGGGGCAGAAGUGGUGGAAUCCUCUCCUGCUGUUGGACCACGCAGAAGUGGGCAAGUGGACGGGGUGUGGCAGAUGCAGCAUAACGCCCUGCGUAGUCAGGUGGCUACCGAGAGGGACCUGCUGGCCUGGAGCCGCAGGGUGGUGGUCAAUGAAGUGCCGCAAGGGACAUUCAGAGUUUUGGAGGAGUGCAGACAAGCCAAAGGCGACAUGGAAUGUUCUCUAUACAAUGCCGAGAGGAGGAAGAAACCAGUAAUCUGUACACCCAAGAAUGAGCCACUGACUUCGCGCCUUCGCUCCCUGCGGCCGACCAAGAAAAAGCAGCAGCGCCAUGCCUAUCAGACCCGCUCAGCUCAAGUCCGCCGUCCUGGGAGCAGGACUCGAAAUCCCAGCAGCCGACGUCAUUCUGACAGCCACAUAGACUCUGACAGUGAUGGAGACGGAGCAGAACAAGCGGAGCAAAGUGAUGGCUCUUCUGACGGCGAAGCUCAGUGGCAGAGUGAAAGCAGCUCCAGUGACUCUUCCAGUGAAUACUCUGAUUGGACAGCCGAUGCUGGGAUCAACCUCCAGCCACCGAAGCGACCGACCAGGAGACCCGUACAGCCUCCAGGUUACAGCAGCUCUGAGGAGGAAGAAGGCGACGACAAGGCAAAGGAGGCCAAGAAGAGGGAGAGUGAGAAGAGGAAGAAGCCCAAGGAGACCAAACAGAAACCCACGUCCUCUCUGGCUGGGCUCGAUGCAGAGGAGUGGCUGCCGCCAUCAUGGAUAAUGGAAACCAUUCCACACCGCUCUCCUUUUGUUCCGCAGAUGGGAGAUGAGCUCAUCUACUUCAAGCAGGGCCAUCAGGCUUACGUCCGGGCUGUCCGAAGGGCCAAGGCCUACAGCAUCAACCCUCAGAAACAGCCGUGGAACAGACUCAACCUCAGGGACCAGGAAUCUGUAAAGGUGGUUGGAAUCAAGUAUGAAGUGGGACCUCCGACUCUCUGCUGCCUAAAACUGGCUUUCUUGGACCCAGUCUCAGGGAAGAUGACCAAUGAGUCUUUCUCUUUAAAGUACCAUGACAUGCCCGAUGUCAUAGAUUUUCUGGUACUGCAGCAGUUUUACAACGAGGCUAAAGAGCACAACUGGCAACCAGGUAUGAGGUUCCGCAGCAUCAUUGACGACGCCUGGUGGUUCGGCUCCGUGGAGGACCAGGAGCCUCUGCAGCUAGAGUAUCCAGACAGCCUGUUUCAGUGCUACGUAGUAAAGUGGGAUAAUGGUGAACAGGAGAAGAUGAGUCCCUGGGACAUGGAGCCUAUUCCUGAGGAAGCUGCACUGCCAGAACAGGUUGGCGAUGGGGUGGAGGUGGCAGAGGAGGAGCUUAAGGCUCUGCUCUACACGCCACAGGAAGGCGAAUGGGGGGCUCACACAAGGGAUGAGGACUGUGAGAGAGUCAUCCAUGGCAUCGAUCAGCUCCUCACGCUGGACGUAGCCAAGGCAUUCUCGUCCCCCGUAAAUCUGCGGGACUACCCUCUGUACUGCACUGUGGUGGCUUACCCCACUGACCUCAGCACCAUCCGCAAACGACUGGAGAACCGCUUCUACAGGCGGAUCUCUGCAUUAAUGUGGGAGGUGCGCUACAUUGAACACAAUGCCCGCACUUUCAACGAACCCCAGAGCCCCAUUGUAGCAGCCGCCAAGGUGGUGACUGACGUUCUCCUGCACUAUAUCGGGGACCAGAGUUGCACAGACAUCUUGGAUCUGUAUCAUAGACUGAAGUGUGAGGUCAGCAGCGGAGAAGAAGCUGAGGUUGAGUUGGACGUGGACUCUGACACUCCAGGAACAUCAACAGGACAUCGGGGAGGAAACCCGAAUUCUAAGAAGCGUGGUGUGGUUUUGGAUGUGAGGGCGUGGCAAGGUCAAUGUCGAGAACUGCUGCGUCGAAUGGUGGUCUCCUCAGAUUCAGAACCGUUCAGGCAGCCGGUGGAUCUCUUUGAGUAUCCGGACUAUCGGGACAUCAUUGACACUCCCAUGGAUCUGGGCACAGUGUCAGAGACGCUGGUUGCGGGGAAUUACGAAAACCCGAUGGAGUUUGCCAAAGACAUCCGCCUUAUUUUCAGCAACUCUAAAGCAUACACACCUAACAAGAAAUCACAGAUCUAUAGUAUGACCCUCAGCUUGUCGGCCUUCUUUGAAAAACACAUCAUCUCCAUCAUCUCCGACUACAAGUCGGCCCUUCAGAAUGAGCGGCGGGCUCGUCAGCGGCUCAGUUACAGGAACAGAUUGCACAACGGAGGCAGUUCCCCGCCUGUUAGUCCAUCCCCAAGCCCAAAAGGGAAGCACAAGUCAGGGAAGGUGUCCAAGCCAAAAAAAUCCCAGACCUCAACGAAGAAUCGUUCUCAGAGACCAUAUCAGGCUCAACAAAGCAGCAGUGUAGCAAAGGAAGAGGAUGUCCAGCCUUCUUCCCCAAGUUCAGGGACGAGCAGCGAGAGCAGAAACCAUGGGCCGCUUCGAGUGACCCGCAGCCAAGCAACUCCGGUGAAGAAGUCAGGGCACCAGAGUAGUUUGCAUCUGAGCAACGGCUCCAGACAGCGGCCGAGGCGAGAGGCUCUGCAGUCUGACAAUGACGAGGACGCAUCCGGAUCCAACAGCUCCUCGUCAGAGUCAUCCUCCACCUCGUCGUCGUCCUCUUCCUCGUCAUCGUCGGACAGCGAGAACAGCUCUGACUCUGAGGGGGAGAAGUACGUGGAAGGCGGAGAUCACGACUACAGCAAAGCCCCCUGCCUGUCAGUACGCCCGUCAGCUAAAGGUAAGGUGGCAGCCUCAGGGAAAAGGAGACACAAAGGAGGAGAUGACAUGGCACAGAGACCUAAAAGAGCACGAGUGCAGCUGCCAGUAGAGGAAGAAGAGGAGGAGGAGGAGGAGGAUGAUGAUGAUGAGGAAGAAGAGGAAGAGGAGGAGGAGGAGGACGAAGAGGAGCAGGAAGAGCAGGAGCAGCAGCAGCAGCGGGGGGUUGUAAGACAUGAAGAGGAGGAGGGAGAAGAAGAAGAGGAGGAGGAGGAUGAGGAGGAUGAGGAGGAAGAGGAGGAGCCCGAGGAGGAGGAAGAACCUGAGGAGGAGGAUGAUGACAACACUGAUGAGGUGCAGAGUAGGGCUGCAGCCGCGACAGCAGCAGCUAGCAGUCCGAGAGGCAACCAGUGCAAGUCUCGGCGGGUCAACACGCGCAACCAAGGCCGCAGGACAGUUCUGUACAGGGACGACUCAGAGGAUGAUGGCCAUGGGUCAAAGGAAGACCCCCUCAACCUGGGCAUGUCCCGCUCAGGACGGGUACGCCGUAUGACUGAGAAAGCUCGUGUCAGCCACCUCAUGGGUUGGAGUCACUGACACAUCGCCCCUUUUCAAACCUCAAUACAAAACAUAAGUAAUACUUCAGGGAUUUUUUUUUCUUUCCUUUUGUACAACUGUGUAUAUAUAAUAUAUAAAUAUAUAUAUAAAUGAUUUCUUUUUAUCUGAGACUGCUUUUGACUCUCAAACUGAUAGCUGGUGCUCAUGACAUGUUGCCAAGGAGUUUUCAUCCCUGGUGGACAGAGCUACUGUUCAACACGGACCCUCUCCUACUGGACUAACUCACCUCGGCCUUACUGCUCGCUGGAGGAGCCUUUGAGACACGGCGCUGCUCUUCUCCCUCUCGUCCUGUGCGUUUUAACGUCCAGUGCUCUAACACUAGCAUCUACUCCUCCUCAUCCCUCCCGCAACUUUUCUUCCUCCUGGACACCAAAGAAGGAUGCGGAGAUGCCAAAAAAUGGUGCUCAUAUUUUACUUGUCUGUCUUUUGAUUUCUCGAGUAAUACGGCAAAACUCUCAUGCCAGCGGUCAGUAGUUCACUCAGGACCGUAGUGAGAGACGCGCAGUAUCGCUCAAGGUCACUGAUGUCAAUGUUUUUUGGUACUUGGUCUUUUCCUCACAACCACAAGCCUUAGUUUUUAGAGCUCACAUCAUUCAGAUUUUGUUCUAUUUGUGGCUGGAGGCAAGACCAGUGUAGUUUGGGGACUAGCAAUACUGGGGGAAUAAGUGGCUUGGGUCAGUAGAAUACAGUACCAUAGUAAUAUGCCUCUUGACGUCCUUGGCCUGUGAAUGUUAAAUGUUUUCCAUGCUUGUUUACUGGUCUUGACUGCUUUUUGGCUUUUGGACUCAGUUAUUUAGUUAGAAUUUGGUGCUUUUCUUUUUUUUUCUUUCUUUCUUUUUUUUUUACAUGAUAUUUCUUUUCUUUCUUGGGUUAAAAAAAAAAAAAGCCACUGCAUCUUGUUUGUAUUUGUACUGUUGUGCUCCCCUGAUGGAUCAGACCCGCAUCCGUUCAUGCGGUCGCUUCCACGGCACCUUCUCCACACAGCAUGUGCAAAAGCAAAAAGGGUCCCUUGGCCAACUCACUUCCACAGAAAUAUUUAUUUUUCCAUUGUAUUAUACUUUGGUUACUUUAACUGUUUCGUACAUUAAUAGUGAUGCGGAAAAGGAAAUAUUUGCAUAUUUAUCUACUACAAGUGGCAGCUGAGUAAUAAAGAUAUUAGAGAAAGAGAAAUGAGACAAACCUCAUGAUUUUUGUGUAAAAAUGUUUUGAACUGUGCCAGCACACUCUCAAUUUAGUCCUCUUUUUUAUUUUUUUAUUUUUUUUAGUUUGAAUACGUAAAACAGGAUAUAACUUGGAACCUCUUUAAACCUGUGUGUGGUGAGGCUGUAGGUCUCACCUGAUUGGCUUUCUUAAUCUUGUUUUCUUUUGACCUAAAGUGAAGGUAGCAACCUCAGAUCAGCCCUUUGUUAGUGUGUUAUGCUGUUUUGUUUUUUUUUCCUCCGCUUGUUUCCGACCAUUUAUGAACUGAUGGUGUUUUUAGCUUUGGAUAGAUCAACUUCACACAUGAUGGCUAUUUUCAUGAUAUUAUACAAUCAGGUGUUUAGUUGGUAUCAGAAUCACUGUGUCUAGUCUUUCCACCUAAUCUUAUAAUCAUGAUCUCUGACCGAUCAGUUCGUGUUUCUGUAAUCUCCCGCUGGAAUUACAUCAAAAUGGAUGCAUCCGAUUUUGUUGCACCAGUAAUGUUUACUUUAAAGCGUGUGCGGUGGUUGGUUGGUAAAUCACUUGAGGGGAAACCAGAACAACUGACUCACAAAUUCUCAUUUUAACACUGGGUGCUCUAAUCCAAACACACCUCCUCACCACUCUGCCUGUGCGCGGUCACUGACGAGAGAAAGGAGGUUAGGUUGUUUUUUUGUUUUGUUUUUUUUGGUUAUGUUUUAUUUUUUAUUUGGGGAGGCUGAAGAGUUUGGUUAGGUGUCAGGUGCUCAGAGAUAACACACAACAAAUCAGCACCUUCGGGUGAUCUGAGUGGCAGCAUUAAGUGGCACCUUGAAAUUACUGUGGUUGAGUGUGAGAAGACUAUGAUUCACAUUUUGGGAUCUUAUUUUCAUAUAGUAGAUGGCUCUUAGUCUCUUAGUUGAUGACAAAUACAACAAUAUCAUUCUACUGUAGGUGGAAUAAGAUUAUGUGACUGUCUUUUAUACACAAUGUUUUGAUUGU